GUAUUGGUCUGUUAUCUGCUGUUUCUGUUGGCCUGCAAUCCACCAUGACGUUCUGUUUUUAGUUGCUGCAUGUCACGACCAGGCCUUUGGCCUCUGCCAGUCUCUGUGAGUUUACGUUUGCCUGCAUGUAUGAGAUCCGAUUAGUUUGAAGUGAAACAUUUGAAUGCGACAAUAAGUGAAAUCAGGGGUUCACGGGCAACGCAUGUUGUUUUUGCAUAUUUUAGUGGGAUCCCUUACUUACAAGUGUGUUAGAGCAACUGCGCAUUCCCAGCAUGCCAGAGGGGGAAAAUAUGGUUUUAUUGAGUUGUUUUUGGUUCAGAGAGCAUAACAUUUCAAUUUGAAGCGCUCCGCAAUGCGCUGCGCAUUCCUGAUUUCUCACGUCCCUGCCGUCAAAAUUGCAUCACGUCCAUCCUUCACCCUCGCUGUCAACUUUCCCACGGCUACUGGCGCAGGAAUGUCGCGUUCCCGUAGACUCUCUGUGGAUCACGGUACACAUGUACGACACAUUUGAUCACGCGACUUCAAUGAACGCACAUCAGGUUGAGAUUAAGCGCACCCCACGUGCGUGCCAGGAGGAGCGCGUCCUUGCGCUUGUUGAUCAAAGGAGGUGUGAUGCAAUCAGUCUCGGGGCAGUGGAUGCAUCCCUCAUCAACUUUCACCGGAGGCUUUAAUGAAAACCCACUGGAGGGAGUCUCCGCUGUUGCUUCCCUUCGCCUUCUCGUCUUCUGGUUCACUCCCUGCAGUUCCAGAGUGUCCUCCUCCUCAUUCAUCUCCCAGGCUGCACCUCCCUGCCUUCUCCCUCUUGUCCCAGUAGCCGGCUUGACUUCCGCUGAGACAGAGUAAAUAUUUCUCAUGGCUUAUCUGACCACAGAGACAGAAAGCCACAGAGCAUGUGAGGCUCUUCUAAUUAAACCACCAGCUGCCUGCGUUUGAUCAGGCCUGGAUGUCCUGGCAGGUACGGUCGGGCCUUUAGGUUUGACACACCACGAAACCCCCAACUGCAACUACUCAGAGCUCAUGUGUCUGCGUCCAAUGUUUCAGCUAUUAAACCAAAGCACAUCUUGACUUGAUUUUCCUAAGUUUGGCUUGUUCUGACUGAGGCUCCAAGAAGGGGGAGGUAGAGGAUAAAGAGGGAAACAUUAUGGAGCAAAGAGAGGGACUUUUCUUCUCCGCAAUGACUGAGGUGUGACGUGCAGCAACUUCCCUGUUGUGCAAUCAUCAAGAGGCUCUCGGGGGGCUAUAAGACCCCCGUCCUCAUCUGGUUUCUCAGAGCCUCAGAUCUGCUCCCUCUGCUCACGCCCAGACUGACGGAGAGGCACGAUACAGUCCAGCGCACUCGACUGGGCGCAAUUCUCUUAGAGGGGUCGAGCAACAUUUGUCAAGACAUGGACUUUAGCCAGAAGAAGCACUGAAAAGCUCCUGGCUUUUUCUGCUGGAUACUCGGUCAUUUCAGCUGACCUUGGAAAUCUGAAAGAAGUUGAAGUUACAUCUUCUGACACGAGGGAACAUCUGGUUCCAUAAUGGCAAUCCCAAGUGGCCUUUUCUUUUUCAACUCCACAUCUUCCCCGUUUCCAGCGUCAGAGGUCUAUGUGAACACCUCGUCGGUUCCUUCCGCUCACCACUGCCAAGACUGGUCUCCGGUGUCCAUGACGACGGUGAUCCCCACCAUCUACAGCGUCAUCUGUGUGCUGGGUACACUAGGCAACGCCUUGGCGGUGUAUGUGUUGGCUUGUGGCAAUGCCUUCACAAGAACGGUGGCGAACACCUUCAUGCUGAACCUGUGCAUCUCCGACCUGCUGUUCCUGUUGACUCUUCCACUGUGGGCUGUCUACUACUCCUGGGGCUACAGCUGGCCCUUUGGACGAGUGGCCUGCAAAAUCUGUGGUACUCUCCUAAACCUCAACCUCUACGCGUCUAUUUUCUUCAUCACGUGCAUGAGCAUAGACCGUUACCUGGCCAUCGUGCAUCCUCUCCUCUCGCAGAGAUCACGGGAUUACGAGCGAGCCCGAAUCGUGUGCAUCCUGGUGUGGGUCCUGGCGUUUGCUUGCUCUUCCCCCCACUUGGCCUUCAGAGAGACCCAUCAUCUUAAAGAAUUUGAUGUGGUGGCUUGUGUGGUUUUUUAUCCAGAUGACACCUGGUUUCUGACCCUGGGCUGGAUGAAGAUCAUUCUGGCAUUUGUGCUGCCGCUGCUUGGCAUCUCCUGUUGCUACUGGGCCAUUGGGAAACAUUUGUUGGCCUACAGAGGAUCAGCAAGAAUGCAAAAUUCACCACCUCCUCAAGCGGGCCAUUGUAAAUCAGAACGUCCGCCGACUCCUACUGUAUACCCAAACUCAUGCACGACCGGACCCAUGAUGGCCCACGGGGUAGAAAGGAUUUUGUGGACGGUGGCUGCUGUGGUCAUGGCUUUCUUCAUCUGCUGGUUCCCCUUUCAUUGUGUGACCUUCUUGGAUCUUUUGAGUAAAAAUGGAUGGCUGGACAGUUGCUGGGUAACUUGGACCGUCACCAACCUGACCCCACUCACCCUUUGCCUAGGCUUCUCCAACUCUGCCAUCAAUCCUGUGCUCUACUGCUUCGUCGGGAACCAUUUCCGUGGUCGCCUUGGGGGUCUCUGCAAAGACCUGUGUGCUUGUUUGGAGGCCCGUGUGGAUCAGCACAGUCAGAAAAGAGGUUCUUUCAGCACCAGGCUGAGCUCCUUCUCCAGGAAACUCAGUGACCUUAAGGACCUGGCGAUUGUGGAUACCUCAGGUACCCUGUAACAGACUUUCUCCAUCCAGCACUGGAAAAUAUUGACAUUCCAAAGUAUUAAUAUGAACCGAAACUGCCAGGCUUGGUUUAUGAUGCUGGUUUUAUGUAAAAUAAUACAUAAUAUUUCAUAUUACAUGUUUUUGAAAAGAGUACAAUAGUACAUCCCAAAAAUAAAUGGCUAAGAAUGCUCAGAAGAUGAAGUGGGACAUAAAAGUAAAAUUGUAAAAAUUAAAAACUAAUUAAAAAUGACCAAAAAAGAGAACAUGUGAAGAAAUAAUCAUGUUGAACUUCAACAUUCACUUUUGUCUUAACUGUGCUGAUAGUACGCUUGUCUCUAACGUUGUGACAGUACAUAAAAAUAAAAUAAGCAUUUUCAAAAUGAUUUGAAACAUCUUCAUGAUUGAUAAAUUUGCCCAACAAAUCAUCUGUAUUAUUCUGUAGUUCAGGCUAAGCUAGGAUCUAUAGCCUGGACUUUUCUGUGUUAUGUAACUUGUGAUAUUUAUUUUUCUCCCCCAUACACUCUAAAUAAGUCGGUAGCGACAGAAGGUACAUCGAUAUAUUCUAACAAAAAAAGCAAGCAGUACUUAAAUUUAGCUUAACACUGAUGUCUAGCUGGGAUAGAGACCAGUACUUGACAUCUCAGUCACAUUUCCUGAUAAAAUUAUGUUUUUUAGACUGAAAGAAGGAGUGAAGUUGAAAAUAAUAAUAAAUAAUUUCAUCGUUCAAUUUAAAAACAAGCAAAUAUAUUAGGAAGAAAAAUGAAACUAAAAGUUAUACAUGCGUGCACAUCACUAAACCAAUUCUUUGUUGAAACAUUUUAGUACCUGAUUUCUUUUAACCUCUCACAAUUUGAAGUCAUAUUUGGUUACUCUACCUGCAAGAGUCAUCCAAACCUAUCAGGUCACAGAACAGAUUUUUAUUUUGUUAGAUUUAUUUUUGAACUAGUUGUUAUUUCUUCCAUCAUGACAAAUGAAGAGAAGUAGCACAAUGUUUGUGAUCAUUCAGCGACGCUUUGAACUGUUUUUUAGUUCAACCCGCAUUUUGUAAUCAUGGCCCCAAAUAUCCAGUUGGGCUCCUUCAGAUCAUAACACGCUGUCCCACACAAAGUUUAGCCAGAUCUGAAAGUUGUCUUUGGAAACGCCUUGUGUCUCCCAUAAUUUGGCCAAACAUCUCAAGAAUACAUCAGACUGUACAAAACAUAACUAGUGCUUGUUAUGAAUUUGAUGCAGCAUCACUAGUAUUACUGUUGGUCAUCCUUUUCAUUCAUAGAGAGAAUGUAGCCACGUUAUUACAGCUUUAGUUAUUUUUUUUUUCCAUAAAUUGUCGCACUUAAGACAGAAAGGAGUUUCAAAUGUUUUUGUCACGGGGUCAGUUUUAAAACCUGGCGUUUUAACACGGGUGUGUCCACUUUUGAAAGCAAGUGUGUUGAUGUAACUGCUGUGUUUCCUGCUUUCUGAAAUGUUUCCUCUCUGUUUCAUAACCAUAUUUUAUGUGGUAAAGUAAAAUGUGAAUCAGUGGUUGCUGUAGGAACCGUUUCCAUGUGUCUGUACAUAUGCUAAAAUCAAAAGGAGAUGCUGCUAUAUUAUACAUGUACGCCAACAUUAACCUGGCAAUCCAAUACAUCUUGCAGUGCUGUUGGCAAAAAACCUGUUUAUUCACCGCAAAUAUAUCAUUGUGUAUUGCUUCUUAUGGACAGUUUAUUCAGCAAAUAAAGAGAACAAGUGUUCAUCAAAUCAGUGGAA